AUGCUGUCUUUCCAGGAUGGGAUGGCUGGAACGGACUACGGAGAUGGAGACCGCGCCUCCCGCCUCGGCCACCUGGAGCUUAUCAAGAUGCAGGCGACCAAGUGCUGCUGCUCCAGCAGCAGCGACGCCCGGUGGGAUGAUUGCGCCGAGUCCCUGACCUUCACGCCUGCCGCGAUGGACGGCGCGGCCUCGAAAGGGUACCUGGACGUGGUCAGGUGGCUCCACCACAACCGCCUCGAGGGCGGCACGAGCGAGGGCCUGCUGCAGGCUGUCGCUAACGGACACGUCGACGUCGUCCAAUGGCUGCUGGCCAAUCGAGGCGAGAAUGACGUCUGGCGGGCUGUUGGCGCCGCCGCCGCCGCCGCCGCCGCCGCCGCUGCCACUCCCGGGCGGCUCGCAAGGACACCGCCCUCGGCCGGUGGCGUGGACAGGGCUACGGCCGCCACCGCCGCCAUCGCCACUGCUGCCGCUGGCGGUAGUGGUGGUGGCGGUGCUGCCUUCCCUACCGAGGGAGCGAUUGCCGGAGUAACGGCCGCCACCGCCACCGCCGCCACCGCCUAUAGUGCUGAUGCUAGCGGUGGUGGUGCUUUUCAUGGUGGCGGUGAUGCCGAUGCUCCGUUCCCUACCGAGAGGGCGACUGCCGCAGCCACCACCGCCGCCGCCGCCGCCGCCACCGCCACCGCCUCCGCCCCUGCUAGGAACGGGUCUCCUCUUCCCCGCCGUGGUGACGAUGACGGGCCGGGGCAGCAUCAGGUGCUGGGGGCCCUGCAGAGGGCGCUCCCGCCGGGGCUGAGGGGGCUAUCGGCGAGGGAGUGGGUUUCCGAGGCGGCGGCGGCGGGUCGAGUGGAUGUUCUCGAGUGGGUGCGGCGGACCCAGCGGCAGCAGCUGCAGCAGCAGCAGAACGAAGAAGCCGGGGGGGGCGGUGCCCCACAUUACCCCCGCUUGGAAGAAGAAGACAGGGAGGCGUGCGGGUUCCUGCUGGAGUAUCCGCGCUCGGCUCUGGCGCGCGCCGCACGUGGCGGGCACAUCAAGCAACAACAAUAA